AUGCUGGAGGAGGGACCGAUGGCUACUCUCAUGAACGACCCAAUGCGCCUGUACCGCGCGAGGCGCGACGCUGAGCGCAAACGCGUAACGGAGAAAUACCUCAUCGAAGGAUUCAUAUCUUCUGGUACGUACGGCAGGGUGUACAAGGCAAAGAGCAGGGACAGCGAUGGCCGAAUACACGCCAUAAAGAAGUUCAAGCCUGACAAGGAAGGGGACAUCAUCACAUACACGGGUAUAAGCCAGAGUGCUAUUAGGGAAAUUGCGCUGAAUCGCGAAAUAUCCCAUGAGAACGUCGUAGCACUCAAAGAGGUUAUCCUCGAGGACAAGUCGAUAUAUAUGGUAUUCGAGUACGCGGAACACGACUUCCUCCAAGUAAUCCACCAUCACUCUCAGACACUUCGCACAGGAAUAACCUUGCCCGUACUCAAAUCUCUAACCUAUCAGCUGCUCAACGGCCUCCUCUACCUCCACACUGUGCACAUCAUUCACCGCGACCUGAAGCCUGCAAAUAUCCUCAUCACCGCAUCUGGGGUCGUCAAGAUUGGUGACCUUGGCCUAGCACGUUUGACUCAUCAACCACUUCAGCCACUUUUCGCGGGAGACAAAGUUGUGGUGACCAUUUGGUACCGCGCCCCAGAGCUUUUACUCGGUGCGAAGCACUACAACAAGGCGGUUGAUGUGUGGGCGGUAGGGUGCGUGAUGGCGGAGCUCGCGAGUCUGCGUCCCAUAUUCAAGGGCGAAGAAGCGAAGCUAGAUUCCAAGAAAAACGUGCCAUUCCAAAAGGACCAGCUCCUCAAGAUCUUCGAGGUGUUGGGCACACCUGAUGAACGAGAAUGGCCUGGCGUGAAGACUCUUCCGGAGUACCAGAACAUGAAACGGCUAGACGUGUACAAGAACCACUUAUUAGACUGGUUCCAGUCUCGAACUCGCUCCACCGAAGGCUACGAGCUGCUCCGUCUUCUCUUCGCCUACGAUCCCGACAAUCGCCUAACAGCGAAAGAAGCGCUGCAGAACAAAUGGUUCCACGAAGACCCAAAGCCGACCGCCAACGCGUUCCAAUCACUCCCUCCGCAUCAAAUUCCGCCACAACGGCGCAUCUCGCACGACGACGCGCCGUCCAUGAUCCCGCUCCCAGCGGCGUCGCAGUCGCAGGCACAGUCACAAGUACAGGCCCAGAUCGCACAGGUACAGGCGCAGGCGCAGGCACAUCUAUCGGCGCAGCUCUCGCACUCACACUCAGGGAAGCCGGGUAGUGCAGCAAGCUUUGCAAGUCUCAGCGGGGGUGCUACUGGUAUCGGGAGUGGACACGCAAGGAAGAAGGCCCGAAUCGGAUGA